UCAGCGUCGCGCUGAAUGGGUUGUCAGGGUUGUCUCUUGUGUGAGUGUCCCUUCCAUCUCGUUUCGACGGGACCGCGUGUCAUUUUUGGCAUUGGUCAUGGCUCACGGCUCUCGUCCGGCUCUUUCAUUUCUCCGAGAUGCUUCCGUCGAGCUGUGUAGCUCCAAGCUGACAAUACAAUAAUUUCCGAGGAAGCGAGGCACGGGCAGCGCAGAUAACCACGGCUAACGACGCAACAAAAAAAAGACGAGAGAGAGAGAGAGAGAGAGAGGAAAGAGAGACUCUCCGACGACUUGGACUUCUCCGAGGGGACUCGAUCGGCUCGAUUUCGUUCGUGGGAGGAUGGAGAAGGGGGAGCCGGGGGAGGGCGCGUUUUGACGCACGGUGGCACGGGCACGGUGCUCGUCGUCGAUCGUGUCAUUUGAGGAACGCACGUCGCCCGGCGCGGUAUACACCUCCCGUGAGAACGUUAUUCCUCCGUUACUGAUUACGAUACUCUCUCGAUCCGCCCCGUCAGCGCGCGCGCGAGCACGCGCGUAUAUAUGUGUGUGUGCGGACGCGUGUGUGCAUGUGUGCGUGGCCGUGCUCGAUCCGUGGAGGGCCACGAUGGAUUACGUGCAGAUAAAGGACAUCCGCGCGGGCCAGAAGAACAUUAACGUAGUGUUUAUCGUUUUGGACCCCGUUGGCCACCCUACCAUCACCAAAGAGAACCGCGAAGUUCGAACGUUCAAAGUGGCCGACAGCACCGCCUGCAUGAACGUCUCCAUCUGGGACGAGCCCGGUCAGCUCCUGAUGCCGGGCGACAUCGUGCGGCUCACCAAGGGCUACGCGUCCGUCUGGCGGCAAUGCCUGACCCUCUACUCGGGCAAGAACGGCGACAUCCAGAAGAUCGGCGAGUUCUGCAUGGUGAUCAACGAGCAGGUGAACAUGAGCGACCCGAACCCGAUGUUGUCGCAGCAGCUGGUCAACCAGAGCGGCUCGGGCCCGCCUAGCAGCAACGUCAACGUCAACAACAGCAUCACCAACAACGGCAACGCCAACAGUAUCUCCGGUCAACCGGGACGGCAGCCUCUGGCGAGUCAGAGCAACACAACGGCUCCCGGUAGCGGAUCUGCGGCGAGUUCGACGACCGCGAAGAGCGGAAACGGCAGCGGUGGUGGCAGCGGCGGCAACGGCAGCAAUACCACCCCCAGCGGCGGUGGAAGCGGUGGUAGCGGCGGCGGCAGCGGCAGUGGCAGCGGUUCAGGUGUAUCCGGAGGAUCGGCACGUUACUCCUCGUCGGACUCGACGACGAAAUCGGCGCCGACGACUAAGAGCAACUCGCGCGGACGCGGCGGCUACAGGAAUGGCGGUCGUAGCAGCGACCGGAGAUAACACACGAGAAGGAAGCUGAUCAUAUGCGUGUAAACGAGCGAACGAAUGAAUGAAUAACGUGGUGCGCACGACAGAUCUGCGCGACUGUGUAAUAUAUUGUUUCCUCGUUUCUUUAAAAUUCCAGAUCUCGACGGGGAUCUUGUCGAAAACUGGGGAACCUGCACUUACGUAUCGGGAACAGCGGCCGACCGUUGUGUUGUCGCGCGAGGUAUUCCCUGAGAGCGAAUAUGCCAAGUUUCGUCUUUUAGAUUCCACCUUCGCGAGCGAUUCUGUCGCUAUAAUGUUUCGAAUCGCUUCAGACAUCAUUUCAGAAAUGUCGGAUCUUCCAAGAAUCUCUUUAAA